UCAACUAUGAAAGACGAAGGAGGGAAAGGGUUUAUGUUCUUCUUUACUUUUUGGCGCGAACGAAUUACUGAUUUGGAGUGACAACUAGCGGAGAUUAUACGCAACUGUGCAACACCUUUGAGGUUAUGUUCGUUAAAUAUUAGUGUCAGUGUGUGUUUGUUGUGUCGAGUCGUAGAACGUUAACCUAAACGUUUUAGCAAUCACGGAGGAAAAGGAUGGAACGUAACGAAGAAGAAUGGUCGUUGGAAUGUUCCGACGAAGAGAAGUACGAAACGGAUGGAAAAAACGAAUGGAGCUUGAAACCCGACGAUAUAUUAACGUUGAUCGAGGCUCUCGAAGCUAACAACAGGGUUUUGGAGCUAGAGUGGAAAUGUCCCGGUAGAAGAGGUCCUUCUCCCGUUCUUUCAAACAAUCGACAACAAGACAGUGGCUCGCAGGAGUACAAGACGCAAGAAAAGUCGGACUUCGACUUUAUGGACGAAAUGUCGUCACCGAGAUUACCUGUUCGCAGAAUAGGUGAAAGUACUCCGAAGGGAAGUGCCAAAAAGAAAACUGCCAGUUUUAAUGGCGUACUAUCUACUAUGAUGCGGCAUCGCAGAUUAGAGCAACAGGAAAUUAAUUCAAGCCCGAAAAAAACCGAGUCGCCUGGGUCCAAGACACAACAGAUUUAAAUAUUUUUAUCAACAUCUAUACUAUUUAUCCAAUUAUUUUAAUUACUUUUGUACCAUCGAACAAAUUUAUACGAUUCCUCCAAAAGUUUGCAAUAAUUAUUACACAGGGUAUCGCAUGCAACUAGAUCGAGCGAUAGUUUUAAAACAGUACAAAAUGGAAAAAAUCAUUUUAAACAGAACUGUAGAGCAUAGACUGUAAACAAAUACUGGAUGCUAUACAGAGU